CGAUGCUCCAGACGCAGGCUCUUGCCUGCAACCGAGAUGGAGCAACCAACGCGGACUAGCCGGACUUCUGGGCGGGCUACUUCGUCCUGUGCAGAGUGUCGCCGCCGUCGUAUUCGAUGCGAUGGCUUCACGACUCCUUGUCGGCAAUGCGUCUAUUACCAAGUGCCCCAUCUGUGCCAUUAUCCUCCUCGCAAGGCCAGGCGUAAUAUCUCGUUGAGGUCUCACGCCGAGCUCUCCGACGCCCAUACGAAGUCGCAGAAAAUCAUCGAGACGCUUUUCCCAUCAGUGUCCCUCGACGAGCUUGCGACGAUGUCUCGCCCUGCUCUCGUUGCGAAAGCUCAAGCAAUGUUACAGUCAUCAUUCGCCAUGAAUGUAGACGAGCGACCCGAGAACGACCUUCAAGAUCUAGAGGCCCCACCUGAGCGAGACUUUACCUGGGACGAAGUCUCCAAUGCAGACAGUGACGGUUCCCGCGUGGCCGACGAUAUCAAUGGUAUUGCGGUGUCGCUGGAUUCGCUCACCCCUGCGAAUGCCUCGUAUCUUGGCUUUUCAUCUGUACCGACAAUAUUACGUGUCAUUGCGCAUCUAUCGCCUCGCGUCCGCCAGGCAGUUCCUACAAGUCCCGAGGCGUGGAAAACCUUGAGUGUCCAUGAGCACGAUAGCCCUGGAUCGUCAGAGAUCAACGAACUGACCAUGAUCAACGCCUACUUUACGCACGUGCAUCCUAUAACGCCAAUGGUCGAUGAGGUUGAUUUUCGACAACGGUAUACCGAGGGAGGGGUGUCGGGUAACUAUGCGAGUUCGUGGCUCGCAUUGUUCAACAUGGUUCUUGCCAUGGGGUGUUUUGCUUCAGAUACCCAGUUUAACAAGCGCCACAUCCUAUACAAGCGGGCUUUAUCCCAUUUCAGUCUGUCCUCUCUGGGCUCUGGACAUCUGUACACAGUCCAGGCUCUAGCACUCUACGGCGGGUAUUUGCUCCAUUAUCUCAACAAGCCGAAUACAGCUAGUGCGAUUAUUGGUGCGACGAUUCGGAUGGCGGUUGCAAUGGGUCUGCAUAGAGCUCGGAUACCCAAGUAUAAUGACUGCGAAAUCUCGCAGGAAGCGCGGAGUUCAGUCAUGACUCGGGUCCGGACAUGGUGGUCGAUUUUCUGCUUGGACACAUGGGCUGCAGCAACAUUAGGUCGGCCAGGCUUAGGGUACUGGAGCCCAGAAACAGUGCUGACAUCGCCGACAUUAGCCUUGGCUAGUUUGGACUACGGAACAAUCUCACUCGCCGCGAGCGAACACUUUUGCAAAAUCGCCGCACGCAUCCAGGAAAGGCUCGCUCAAACGCCGUUGAUAACCACCGAUGAAAUCACUGCAUUCGACCACGAACUCCUAGAGUGGCAGAGUUCAUUGCACAUGUUCCUCGCUCACGAGGAUCACUGUCCGCCGAGUCUCCGCGUUGCGCGAGGACUCCUCCGGUGCCGAUACAUAACAACCCGGCUGGCACUCUACCGUCCGUACCUUCUAAGCACAGCACUCCACCGCAGACAAUGGUCCGAUGGGAGUCGAUACCCACAAGCGAGCCACGCAGUCAAGUGUGUUCAAAUCGCCCGCGAUGGCAUCGACAUGAUCUCGCAGGACUGGUUCCCGAACCACCUCCUAACCUGGAACGAUGCCUGGCAUCUUUUUCAGAUUUGCCUUGUACUGGUCCUUGCCCUUGUAUCCGAUAGAGUUGGGGCAGAGAGGGAACUGUGUGAGGAGUAUAUCAACAAGUCGCUGGAGCUCUUCUCGCGCAUGGGGCCCUAUGACGCCGGUGCUAUACGGAGUGGCUGGAGAAUUGAGAUUCUGUAUUGUAAUAUUCGGGACCAGGAUAGUGUGGACCCCGUUGCCUCGCUUGAUGCUGUGGGCUCGUCGGUUCUUGACUUUCUAGACUUUGAUAUGCCGGAGGGUGAUGCGGAUUGGUUGGGGUACUUGUUUAACUAUAAUGAGUGAUGUAUAUGGUGGUCUGAGUGUUUAUAUCCUAGAUAGUGGACCUGCCGUCAAAGUAUAAACACAAGAUGCAGAUUGUGAGGUCUGAAGAUCCAAGAUCCUGUCAGACACUCGCAAGUCGGACGGUCACGUUCGCUGACAGGCUUGGGCAACUGUAGAUCUGGCAAGGUCUUGUGUGAUCUAAAGUGGCACAUGGAAGUAGACACCCUAGACAUCAAACUAUUACAGC